GGCGGCCAGUGCGGCCCGCGGACCUGCAGGCGGCGGCGAGUGCUCGGCUCGUUUGUGCCGCGGUCGGGUGAGGAGCUGCGCCUCGGCGUGCCCGGCUGCCGCCGCAGUGCAAUCGCUGUUUCUGGUCACGCGCGGGAUGCUGCUUCUGGCGUUGGGCGGCCCGUGGGCGGCCGGACUGCGGCUCGGUGGGAAGAGGACGGCACCGUGGGCAGCCACUGCGUUCCGAGCCCCUAGGGCGGCCGUCUGGCGGGCGGCCUCCUGCAGAGGCUCCUCGGUGCGGGGCGGCGGCGGGGGCGCGGGGCUGUCCGCAGCCACGACGCUUCUGCCGUGUCGGGUGCGAGCGCAGAUACCUGUUUGUUGGGAAAGAUGUGUUCGAUGUUUACAUACACAACUUGAAAAAUCAGAAGAUGGAAGGCUGAUUUAUACUGGGAAUCUGGCCCGAACAGUAUUUGGUGUGAAAUGUUUUUCUUACUCUACAAGUCUGAUCAGCCUUGCGUUUCUACCGUACAUUUUUGCACAAAAUAAUAUUAUAUUUGGAAGUCUGCCUUUGCAAAUCUUAUUUUAUGGCAUCAUAGGAAGCUUUACAGUGAUCACUCCAACACUGCUUCACUUUCUUACAAAAGGCUAUGUCAUUCGGUUGUACCAUGAGGCCACAACAGACACUUAUAAAGCCAUUACUUAUAAUGUUGUGCUUUUGGAAACGAGUACAGUGUUCCACCAGAAUGACGUGAAGAUUCCAAGUAGCACACAUGUGUUUACCACAUUUUAUGCUAAAACAAAAUCACUGUUAGUUAAUCCAGCACUCUUUCCAAACCCUGAAGACUAUAACCAUCUAAUGGGUUAUGACAAACCAUUUACUUUUGAUGUGGAAGAAGCCAGUGAAAAGAAACAGCUUAAAGAAGAGAAAUGAGUCUAUCGUUUUUAUGUUUGUGCUUAAAUGUGAUUUAUGUUCCAGUGUAUAAUAAUUGCCUUUACUUUUGAUUUUUGUUAGUGACUGAUUGUUAAAAAAAUAAUUUGAAACUGUAUCACAGAACUUUUAAU